UUUUUAUAUGAAGAAUAAAUUUAAUACUCCCUGGAAAUACAUGAAUUAUUGAAGGAGGAAGGUUAAUCUUGGAUUGCACCGUACUUGUAUACAUAUUUUUGCUGCUUUGAAGAACUACCAGGUAGAUGGUAACAAGGAAAUGAUGGCAAUUGGGUUAAUGAAUGUGAUUGGCUCCGCCACUUCCUGUUGUGUUACAGCAGGAGCUUUCUCUCGUUCUGCUGUCAAUCACAAUGCAGGAGCCAAAACGGCAGUUUCCAACAUUAUAAUGUCAGUGACAGUUAUGGUGACCCUCCUCUUCCUAAUGCCUCUAUUCCAGUACACCCCAAAUGUUGUAUUGGGUGCCAUCAUAGUAACAGCAGUAAAUGGCCUCGUAGACAUCCCAGCUGCUUGCCAGAGAUGGAAGAUCGACAAAUUUGAUUUUGUUGUGAUGUUGUGUGCAUUCUUUGGUGUUAUUUCUGUCCCUGUCCAGGACGGCCUUGCCAUUGCGGUAGGGAUAUCAAUAUUCAAGAUCCUUCUUCAAGUCACAAGGCCGAAGACUGGUUCUGGGAAACAUACCUGGGACAGAUAUAUUCCGUAAUCUUAUCAUUACAAGGAAGCUAUGAGGAUCCCUGGUUUCUUCAUUUUAAGCAUUGA